AUGUCGUCUCCACGCUCCAUCGAGCUCGGUUCCGUGCUCGUUGUCGGCGGCUGCGGCUUUCUCGGCACUCAUAUCGUUGAUCACCUCUUGAAUUUCCCCUCCGAAGACUCGAGCGAGACGUCGCGCAUCACCACGGCCGACGGAACGCCAGACAAACGAUUCUCCUACCCUAGUCUCCGUGGCCGAUACCCAACCUACAAGAACACCAAAGUCUCUGUUGCUGACCUACGCACGACAAAUAACCGGCUCCCCGGUGCGGAGUACUAUGAUGCUGACAUCCUCUCCGCUGAAUCGCUACUUGAAGUGUUUCGAGCUGUGAAGCCGGAUGUAGUGAUAGACACGGUAUCGCUGAUGCUGGACGGGAACAAGGAACUGACCUACAAUGUGAAUGUGAACGGGACAAGGAACCUGCUGGAGGUCGCUGGGGGGAUGAAGGGAGACUGGGGCGGGAAGUGCAAGGCAUUUGUGUAUACCAGCUCCUCGUCCGUCGUGCAUGACACCACGAGCGACCUCAUACAUGUCGAUGAACGAUGGCCGAAGAUCACGGGGAAAUUGCAGCAGGAGUACUACACGGAAACCAAGGCGAUCGCGGAAGAUAUGGUGCUAGAUUUCAACGGCACCUCACCCUCGGGCAUGCUUACGGUGGCCAUCCGUCCGGCUGGCAUUUACGGCGAGCGCGACACCACCCUGACGUUCAAGAUGGUUGAGCACGCAGCCAAGUCGUCCCAGCGCAUCCUCAACUUUCAGCUUGGCGAUAAUAACAACCUCUUCGAUUUCACCUACGUUGGCAACAUCGCCUACUCCCACAUGCUCGCGGCGGAGCUCCUGCUUGAGACCCAAAAGAGAACUGAGGCCGGUGGAGCGGCACCGCUUGACUACGAGCGCGUGGAUGGCGAAGCGUUCACGAUCACCAACGACAGCCCGGUGUACUUUUGGGACAUGGCGCGGUCGAUCUGGGCGCUGAUGGACCGCUACGUUGAGCCACACCAGGUGUUUGAGCUGGGCGAGGGCACGCUGACGGUGGUUGGGGGCAUCUUGGAGACCGUGUUCGGGCUGUUUGGCAAACGCCCGCGCCUGACAAGGCGAGAAGUCCGAUAUUCGUGCAUGACAAGAUACUAUUCUUGCAACAAGGCGAAGCUGCGGCUCAAGUACCGGCCAAUUGUGCCCCUGGAUGAGGGUGUGGCGCGGUCGGUUGCUUAUGUCUUGGAAAAGGACAUCAAUCUCCGGGCGAAAAAGCAGCUGUAG